UGUUUUUGCCUGUCGUUGCCAGGCUGGUUUUGCUGCCACUGCCUGCUGAUUACCUGAUUCUGGCUGCUCUUUGUCUGUGCCGUCGCCUGAGACUGACCCGUGUAUGACCAUCGCCUGUAUCUUGGACCUCACCUCGAAUUAAAACAAACUUCUACUCACCUUCUUGUCUCGAAGCUGUGCAUGUGGGUCCGAUACGUGAAGAGCGCUGACAAAGUGUUACGACCUGACUCAAAGGAACCGACAUCAGUAGAAACAAACUGGUUGCAACCAACAGGUUUAUUAAGGUCAAUCAGACAGAGUUGGCUGCUGUAACGCAGCUGAGCAGCAGAGACACAGAGCAUGUGUGGCUGCAGGCGCUUCAGAGGUUGGACCAAAGGCCAACUUUAUAACUUGCUAAACAUUAUAAUGCUUUUAUUAUUACUGGUAGUGAAAAAUGAUUAAAAGAAAAUAUUAAAAAGCCUUUAGGACCAUAUUAAUGGAGCUUGAUGUUCUGUCUUCUGCUUGUGUCUACACCUAAAGCAAAUAUAUCUCAAAGCUCAGAUGCUGAUAUAGUUGAAAUUAAUUAAACUGGCUUCAUCAGGAAUUACAACUUCAAGAUGAACAAAGAGCAGCUGCCAAGAGAGAAGCAAAUGCUUCUGGAGCAUGAACGCUUAAGGAAAUGGAAUUUGAGCAGCAGCUGAACCCUGUCUCAUUGUUUGACCAGUGAUAAAUCUUGAUGUUUGGAACCCGUUUGCUUGUUGUGAUGCCGCCUCCUCUGAUCCAGCAUCGUAACACGCAUCACAGUGACAUUCAGUUUUGUCAGGCGCAGCAGUUGUCUCGACAGACCGGACCCACAUACACGGCACAGAGUCCAACUUGUUCCAAUAAAAUAAUGUUUAUUGUGCAGGGUACAGAAUAGUAAGCUGGAGAUCACUGGCACAGUCUUCAGACAAGGGACAGGCUGAUAACGGCAGUCAGACAAGCACGGGUCGGUAACAGAGAGACAGGAAUACGGUACCGGGGGAUCGGGCAGUUCGGCGUCAGUGGACAGGCGAUGGUCAGUAACAUACAGGCUCGACGACAGGACAGACAAGGGCUAGGCGGUCUCAGCGUCAGUUAAACAAGCAGUGGUCAGCAAUGAACAGGCUCAGCAACGGUACAGACAAGGCAAAGACUAGGUCGGGCUCGGAAACAGAAACGGUAUCAGACUGGGGACCAAACGAAUGCUGGAAUGCGGAAAAAAUCACGACAAUCUGGCAGAGGAUACAGGCCUGGCUCAAGGGCACUACAGUGCAGCUGAUGUGGCCGAACUCAGCCUCCGUCCUGACAGGUCACUCUUCUUCUGGUACGAGGAAAUCAUCCUGAGCUGCUCUGCACCAGGAGGCUGGAGCGACUGGAGUGUAAGGAGGAACACGUCCAAGCAGACAGUCCAGCGGUGCCAGCUGGGCUGGGCCGUCCCCAGCGGGUCCACCUGCACCAUCGAGGACUCAGACCCGUCAGACACUGGAGUCUACUGGUGCGAGUCAGCGAGCGGGAACCGCAGCAACGGCGUCAACAUCACAGUGACAGAGAGCCCUGUGAUUCUGGAGAGUCCUGCUCUUCCUGUGUCUGAGGGCAACGACGUGAUGUUCGUCUGCUCUUACAGAGAAGAAGACUCUGCGCCCACGUCAGAUUUCUCAGCGUCGUUCUACAAAGACGGGGUUUUCAUCGGAACCGAGGACAAAGGGAAGAAGCUGCUUCGCUCCGUCUCCACGUCUGAUGAAGGCUUCUACCAGUGUGAACACCCGUCACAGGGAAAGUCACCGCAGAGCUGGCUGAGAGUCAGGAACCGACCUCAGACCGCGGCCCCCACCACUCUUCCUCCUCGUCCUCCUGUUGUGACUCGGCUGGUGUCCGGCGUCCUGCUGUUCGUCCUCUUCACCUUCGUACUGGUUCUGGCCGUUUACACGUACCGAAAGUGGGCUAAAAAUCGAGCUGAAGCUAAAAGAGGAUCUUUUCACCGCAGCCUGAGAUGAAACACAAAGGAAACAGUGGAGCAUUUAGUUUCCUGUUCAUCUGCAGGUGACAAUUUUUAUAGAUGCAGCUCAGUUACUGUAACAGAACAGAAGUCAACUUCCUGUUGUGAAUAUUUUGAUCAACAUUAUUUGUCACUUAUUACCAGUAGAAACCUCAGUGAUGUUGAAGCUCUUUGACUAAAUUGUGGCCUUUUAUUGGCUAAAUGUAAAGAUUUUAAUCAACUUCUUAAAGUUUUGUAUGUUUUUAACAGUUGUUGUAACCUUUUGACUGAAUCAAUAACAGACGAGCCAGUUUAAUAAAGCGACAGAAUGUGA